CUUCCAUCUUAUUUUACCAAUCCCGUCGUGCCACACAAACACAUGCUUCUUGUUCAGUUUGAUGAAAGAGGUGUACGUUAUUUUUCUUGCUUUAAACAAAUUGGAACGUACGUGUACCUAUGCCUAAUGGUUUAAGAACAGUAGUUCUUUUGUCGUCAGACUAAUAUUUUUAAAAAAAGACGAAAAAAUGAAACCAAGUGGAAUAAAUAUGUCCAUUAUUUGGUUAUUAUUGAUUACUAUUGUAACUUUUAUUGACCAUAGCAAUGGCAUUGCUGUUAUGAGUAUUGAUAUAGGUAGUGAAUCAAUGAAAGUUGCUAUUGUUUCACCUGGUGUUCCUAUGGAAAUAGCUUUAAAUAAAGAAUCAAAGAGAAAAACACCAGUUACAAUUGCAUUUAGAAAUGGAGAAAGAAGUUUUGGAGAAGAUGCUCAAGUAGUGGGAAUUAGAUCACCACAAAAUAGUUUUUCUUAUAUUUUAGAUCUUUUAGGAAAAUAUAUAGAUAAUCCUAUAGUAGAACUUUAUAAAAAAAGAUUUCCGUAUUAUGAUAUUAUAUCUGAUGAAGAGCGUAAAACAAUUACAUUUAGGUUAGAUGAGAAUACUACAUAUACUCCAGAAGAAUUACUUGCACAAAUUUUGCAUAAAGGAAAAGAAUUUGCAGAAAAUUCAGCUGGUCAAAAGAUAAGUGAAGCAGUAAUAACUGUUCCAGGAUUUUUCAAUCAAAUUGAAAGGACAGCUCUUAUGCAAGCUGCAGAUCUUGCAGGAAUUAAAGUGUUACAACUUAUUAAUGAUUAUACUGCAGUUGCAUUAAAUUAUGGAAUUUUUCGUAGUAAAGAAAUAAAUGACACUGCACAUUAUGUAAUGUUUUAUGAUAUGGGAGCUAGCAGUACAACUGCAACAAUUGUCAGUUAUCAAAAUGUAAAAACAAAGGAAAAGGGAUUUAUUGAAACUAAUCCACAUGUUACCAUUUUGGGUGUGGGUUAUGAUCGUACUUUGGGAGGAUUAGAAGUGCAAAUUAGAUUGCAACAUUAUUUAGCAAAGGAAUUUGAUGCAUUAAAUAAAACAAAAAAUUCUGUAUUUAGCAAUGUAAGAGCAAUGGCAAAACUUUUUAAAGAAGCUGGUCGUGUUAAGAAUGUAUUAAGUGCAAAUACAGAUCAUUUUGCCCAAAUUGAAGGAUUAAUAGAUGAAGUUGAUUUUAGAUUACAAGUUACCAGAGAAAAAUUAGAACAACUUUGUACUGAUUUAUUUGAGCGAGUAACAAAUCCUAUUAAAAUUGCUUUAAAAACAUCAGGUUUAACAAUGGAUGCUAUAUCUCAAGUUGUAUUAGUGGGAGCUGCUACUAGAAUGCCAAAGAUACAAGAACAUCUAAGUCAAUAUUUAACAAUUGAAUUGUCUAAAAACAUUAAUACAGAUGAAGCAGCUGUAUUAGGAGCAGUAUAUAAAGCUGCAGAUCUUAGUAAAGGAUUUAAAGUAAAAAAAUUUAUUACUAAAGAUGCUGUAUUGUUUCCCAUUCAUAUUGUCUUUGAUAGAACAGUUAAUAAUAGAGUAAAACAAGUAAAAAAAUCAUUAUUUAAUAAAAUGAAUCCUUAUCCACAAAAGAAAAUUAUUACAUUUAAUAAGUAUACAGAAAAUUUUCAAUUUCAUAUUAAUUAUGCUGAAUUAGACUAUUUACCAUUUAAUGAAAUAGCUGCUAUCGGUAAUUUCAAUCUAUCUACAAUAACUUUAUCUGGUAUUACUGAAGCUUUAGAUAAACAUCUUAAAGAUGGAGCAGAAAGUAAAGGCAUUAAAGCACACUUUGCUAUGGAUGAAAGUGGCAUAUUGAAUUUGGUGAAUGUAGAAUUAGUAUCGGAAAAAUCAAGUUUAGCUCCUGAUGAAGAAGAGAGUACUUUUUCAAUACUUGGUUCAACUAUUAGUAAACUUUUUGCAGGAUUAGAAGACAAAGAAGGAAAAUCAGAGGAACCAUUAAAAGAAGAUAUAAAACCAGUUCAUGAAGAAUCUGAAUAUUCUGAAUUACAAAAGGAGACAGAAGAUAAAAUGAAAAAGAAAAAUGAUAGUAUGAUUACAGAGGAUAAUAAAAUAGUAAAUAAAACUGAAAAAAUAGAAAAAGAGAAAGAAAAAAAGGCUACAAUUGUAACAAUUAAAGAACCUAUUAAAGCUGAUGAAAUCAAGUUAGGAUCACAAAUUCUUUCUGGAGAUAAACUUGUUAAAUCUCAAGCAAAAUUGCAUCGUUUGGAUGUAUAUGAUUUUGAAAAAACAAAACGUGAAACAGCUUUGAAUAAUUUAGAAACAUUUAUAAUUGAUGCCCAACAAAAAUUAGAAUCUGAAGAAUAUGCUACUGUUGCUACAUCUCAAGAAGCAGAAAGCAUAUUGAAAGCAUGUUCUGAAAUUUCUGAAUGGCUAUAUGAAGAUGGAUUCAGUGUAACUGCUGAAAUAUACGAAGAAAAAUUAUCAUAUCUUCAGAAACUUACUAAUGAUGUAUAUGAACGUGUUUAUGAACACCGAGAGCGCCCAGAAGCAUUAAAAGGCAUGACAUCUAUGUUAAAUGCAAGCACAACGUUUUUAAAUAAUAUGCGUAAUUUGAGUUUAUCUAGCGAAAUUUUUACUCAAAUUGAAAUAGAAACAUUAGAAAAAGUAAUUAAUGAAACUCAGGAAUAUUACAAUACAAUUGUUAAAUCUUUUACUGAGACAGCUCUAUAUGAACCUGUGAAAUAUAAAGUUCGUGAUAUUGUAAAUAAAAUGGCAUUACUUGAUAGGGAAGUGAAUUAUCUUAUUAAUAAAGCAAAAAUAUGGAGACCAAAACAAGAAUCUAUUACAAAUCAUACAGAAAGCAUAAAUGAAACUGCAACAAAUUCAAAAGAAGGGCCAGAAUCAGAUUCCAAGCCUGAAUCUCAGACAGAAAACCUUCAAAAUGAAAAUCUUAAAAGUGCAGAAGUACAAAAUGAAAAGUCAUUAAAUUCAGAAAAAUCAACAGAAUCAAUGGACUCAUCAAAAAAUAAUGAACCUAAGAUUGUUCAUAAAAGUGAAGAAGAAAUACAUCAAGAACUUUAAAAAAAGAUUUAUCUAAAAGUGUGUGAUUUUUAUUAUUGACCGGUAGUAUCUCGGUUAUUUGUAUAAUAAGUUAAACAAUUUGUUAUGCUUAGGACAGAUUUAUGAAUGCAUUUAGAAAUGUAAAUUAAAUUCGAAAAAUUGUGUGUCA